AUGUCUCAGACUCGAAUCUUGUUGACUGGAGCAACCGGUUAUAUCGGUGGAUCCGUUCUCGCAACACUGAAAAGUAGUCAGCACGAGAACAUUCAGAAUGCCCAAAUUGAUGUCCUGCUUCGUGGGGAGGAGCGAGGUGCCUUGUUCGACUCUUUUGGUGUUCAAGUCAUCCCAUUCCAAAGCCUGGACGAGACAGACUUUAUCAGAAAGCUGUCAAGCGACUAUGAUGUCAUUAUCAACACCGCAUCGGCGUUCCAUACCGAGUCAGCCAAAGCCAUGAUCUCAGGACUUGGUGAUAGACAGUCUAAGACAGGCCAGAAGACCCAUUUCAUCCAUACAUCCGGAACAUCUAGCAUCGGCGAUCAUCCCAUCAGCAAAACCUACAUCGAGACCAACGAACUCCACGACGACGAGAACAUCUACGAAUACCAAAGAACCCGCGAAGCCAACGAAGCCUACAAACAACGAACAACCGACCUCGCAGUCUUCAACACCGGACUCGAAACCGGCGUCAAAACAACCAUAAUAAUGGCCCCAACAAUCUUCGGCAUUGGCACAGGCCCAGCAAAGAAACUCUCAAUCCAAAUCCCAACCCUAAUCCGACGCUCUCUGGAGUAUAACCAGGCAGUGGUUAUCGGCGAUGGAGCAGGUGAAUGGGAUCAUAUCCAUAUAUCCGAUCUAACCUCGCUCUUUGAGCUAGCCUUGUUCAAGGUCCUGAAUGGGGAAGAUGUUCCAUAUGGGAAAGAGGGCGUAUUAUUUGCUGAAACAGGCCGACACACUUGGCUUGACAUCUCGAAGGCCAUUGCAUCAGUAGGACAGGAAUUGAAAGCCCUUGACACAGAAGGUGUCCGCAUUGUCUCGUUGGACGAAGCAACAGCCUGGUCUGUGAAUGGGAGUCGGCAAGUGAGGGAGUUGGGAUUUGCUUCGAAGUAA